AGACGUGGAGCUAUUUCCUAUGACAGUUCUGAUCAGACUGCAUUGUACAUUCGUAUGCUAGGAGAUGUCCGCGUAAGAAGCCGAGCAGGAUUUGAAUCAGAAAGAAGGGGUUCACACCCAUAUAUUGAUUUCCGUAUUUUUCACUCUCAAUCUGAAAUUGAAGUGUCUGUCUCUGCAAGGAAUAUCAGAAGGCUACUAAGUUUCCAGCGGUAUCUUAGAUCCUCACGCUUUUUCCGUGGUACCACUGUUUCCAGUUCUCUAAACAUUUUAGAUGAUGAUUACAAUGGACAAGCCAAGUGUAUGCUGGAAAAAGUUGGAAAUUGGAAUUUUGAUAUCUUUCUAUUUGAUAGACUAACAAAUGGAAAUAGUCUAGUAAGCUUAACCUUUCAUUUAUUUAGUCUUCAUGGAUUAAUUGAGUACUUCCAUUUAGAUAUGAUGAAACUUCGUCGAUUUUUAGUUAUGAUUCAAGAAGAUUACCACAGUCAGAAUCCUUACCACAAUGCAGUCCAUGCUGCAGAUGUUACUCAGGCCAUGCACUGUUACUUAAAGGAACCUAAGGUAAGCAGUUGACAUUUAUUUUAAGUGAAAAAUCAUAAGAAAAUUUCUUUAGAUUUACUUUAAAGUACCUUUUCUUAAGUUAGUGACUAGACUCAAAAUCAGAAGCUUCCUUGAUAAGGAUGAUAUCUGGCUUGAUCAAUGUUAACUGUAUUUGUAAAUUUUACUACUAGAGAAUUGGGAUGAUUGUUGAGAAAGAAGACAGAAAAGCCCAAGCAAGGCCCAGGUCACUUGAAACCUUGAGUGCCUUAUGAAGACAUUUGGCAUUUACAUUGAGCUCCAUAUGAGUGCCAGGGUAGGGACAGUCUUGUUCAGUGAAUGAAUGGGGAGCUCUUGAAGAGAAUCAAGAGAAAAUUAUCCCAGUUGUAGUGUGAAAAUAAAUCCAACAAGACUAGAAGCAUGACUAUCUAGCAGGAGCUUUCAUUUCUCCUUAGAAGAGAGCAGCAGGGUGGCUUUGGAGUGGGAAAGGAGUAGGUGGUGUAAUAUGUCGUUGUAACAUGUCUUGGAAGUUAGAGUGAACAGACAUGGCAUUUGAAUGCAUCCUGAGGAAAGAAAGAGAUAAGUCAAUGAAGACUGACUGGGGUGGUUGAAUAGAAUGUGGAAUUCUUCCAUGAGAGGAGGAAUGUAGAAAGAGUAGUGAAAUUGGCGGUAGAUGGUAGGAAGAUGAGUUUCAUUUUGGGUAUGUGGAGUUAAAGUAUUUGUGGGGCAUCCAAAUACAGAUGUCUACUAGAGAAUUGGUUAAGUGUCCAAAGUAUAGAAGAGAAAUCACAGUUGAAAUAUAGAAUUUGUAAUCAUUAGCAAUAGCUGUUACUGAUAGCCAUCUCUGUCCAUGGACAUGUUCUAAUCCUGAAGGUCCCCCUAGCACUGCUUCAUAACUGUUCUCUCCGUGGAUCUUUGUCUAGCUAGAUGUUAGGAGUGAAGCAGGCUGAUUAAACUGGCUUAUGCCAGUUGAUGAUAACUCAAGAACAAAGCCAGUCAUCUAAUACUUAUUUAUUUAAUAUUUACUUUGACAGUGUUUGGGAUCAAACCCAGGGCUUUGCACAUGCUUGGGAAGCACUCUACCACUGAGCUGUUUCCAGCCCUCAUAAGAGGUUGUAUUUUUGUUGUUGUUGUUGUUUUUUGCAGUACUGGGGUUUAAACUCAGGGCCUCAUGCUUGCUAGGGCAGGUGC